GCAAAUAAUAAUUAUUUAUUUAUCUUUUUUUUCUUUCCUUCUUUUUUUUUUCUUUUUGACAAAUCACCACAAGUUUUUCACUUCGAUCAUAAAGUAUUAAAAAUAGAAAUUUCAUAAUAGCAAAGAUAUAUAAAUGAGGCUUAUUUAACUUAAAUAGAGUUCAAUAAUAUAUUUUUGUACUAUCGUGUUACGCAAAAAAAAAAAAAAUAAAUAAAUAAAAAGAAAAGGAUAUAUUCAAAUCCCCGCUCGAUUAAAGUAUGUCAUUAACACUUGUCAAAGCGCAAGCGCAUCGAAAUCAUAGUAAAGCUAACUCUAAUGAAAUUUUAUAUUAAGGAUAAAAGAAAAAAAACAUAUAUAUAUACAUGCAUGUAUAUAUAUAUAUAUAUAUGUACAUGUAUUAAAACUAAGAAACUCUAAAUGUUUCUUUGCCCGAUUAAUGAUAUUUGUCAUUUAAAAGCGCGUAUAUUGGCACUGUGUUAACGUCAAUAAUAGUGUGUAGAGAUUCAAUCUCUUUCAACGUUAUAUAUAUUGCAUUAUUAUUAUUUUGAAAUUUCCGAAAACAUGUCUUCCUCACAUAAUGAAAAUAUGAUAGAAGAAUUAGCAAAGGAUUAUGCAGAUUAUGCGAAAGUCAACUUAUCCGUUAAGAUGAAACAAUUUCAUGAAACAAUCGAAGAUGUUAUGAUACGUUUAGAAGAAUUUCAAUCAAUUGUUGCAAUGGUUCAAGCUGAAAGUUCAGAAUGUAUGAAUGAACACAUUCCAAGGAUACGACAUAUGCAGAAAGAAUUAGUAACACUUUGUAGAAAAAUAGAUGCACUUGAACACGUCCUUAUAGCAGCUAAUGUAAGUUUGACAGCAUUAGAAACAGCUGUUGACACUGCGGAAGCUGAAUUGGGUGUUACGGAUAGAUUUUUUGGUAUUCUUAAUCCAUUAUCUUUUUUUAAAAAAAACCAAGAAUCUGUGAUAGGGAACAAACAGCAGCAAACAUUUGAACCUCCAACAAUUUACAGAACAGAAGAUUAUUUUAAUGCGGAGUAAAUUAAUGUCUUCCAUGACCGAGUGAUUCUAAAUUUAAACUUUUUUAAAAAGCAAUUAGAAAAAUUUACUUGCUAUAAUAUGAACUUUAGAUUUAAACAUUUUUUUUUUUUUUUUUAGGAUAUAUAUGAUUUACAAUUAAAAUUCCAUGGCCAAAAUUUUUAUAUUUAUAUUUUUAUGUUUUUUCUUAUACAUUUCCUAUA